AUGGCUCGCCUAACGCAGUUGGCCGUCGUCAUUACACUGUCCCUGCUCAACAUCUUGGGUGCACAGCUGGUCCUUGCAGCCGAAGAUGGUCCUGGCUCGGCUUCUAUCUUGACCGCCGAGGUCGGCCGCCUCAACAACGAGAGUCUCUUCUGGGGCCCCUACAAAUCCAACUUGUAUUUUGGCGUUCGGUCGAGGUCUCCCAAAAGCCUGUGGACUGGAUUGAUGUGGUCCAGAGUCGACAACUACCAGGAUGUCCAGCAGGGAUUUCGCUACACUUGCGAGCAGCACGAGGGCCUCCACGGCUACGGAUGGGAUGAGUACGAUGCCCGAACGGGCGGUGUCCAGUCUAUACACGACGAGGGUAACCAAAUUGACAUUACAACCUCGUUUGUCAAGGUGCCUGGCGGGGCCAAUGGCGGGAGCUGGGCGGCCAGAAUCAAAGGUGUCCCGAGAGAGGGUGCUCCGGCCGACUUGAAGACUAUGAUUCAUUACUACAUCGCUCAGGAGGGCACCGAAGGAGAGAUCGCCUUUGCUGGCGAGGGCAGCCCCGCAGGCUCUGAUGGCGAUGUCACGUUCGCGGGCACAUCCCCUGAGCUUGGCAAGUACAAGCUCGUUGUCACCAAGGGAGAGGGCAAGCAUCCCUCCAGCAGCCAUGACUUGGCAGACAAGAGGCAUCCCGACCUGACGACGGUGCGAUCUCUUACCGUCCCCGACGAGAUCCAAUGGCAGGGCAAGGGCGUCGUCUUCAACCUCAUCCAGGAAAGCGUCAAGUAUGUUCAGGAGAACUACGAGAUGAACGAACCGCCCCCGGCGUACCUCACCUACCAGAUCGAGAACAAGCCCGGCGAAGGCAAUACUCACGUUGUCCAGAAGAUGUUCGAGGGAGCGUUCGAAUUCGACGUCAUCUUCUCGUCUGCUUCCGCCGGCCCCGAGCUCACCAGCACCGAUGUGACUCGCGAAAUCAAGUCCGUCACCGAGUCUUUUGGGGAGCGUUUCUCCUCCAUCUUCAACCUGAAGGCCCCUUACACCGCUGCCAAGUACACAAGGUUCGCCAAGAGCAUGUUCUCCAAUCUACUCGGUGGCAUCGGUUACUUCCACGGUGAGCAGCUCAUCGACCGCUCGUACGCACCUGAGUACGACGAGGAGAACGAGGGCUUCUGGGAGGAGACUGCCGCAGCUCGUGCCCGUAAGCAGCAAGAGCUGGAGGGUCCCUACGAGCUCUUCACGGCUGUCCCUUCCCGGCCUUUCUUCCCGAGAGGAUUCCUUUGGGACGAGGGCUACCAUCUCAUCCCCAUCGCCGACUGGGAUAUCGACCUGACUUUGGAGAUUGUCAAGAGCUGGUUCAACACCAUGGACGACGAUGGCUGGAUCCCGCGUGAACAGAUCCUCGGCCUCGAGGCUCGCAGCAAGGUCCCCGAAGAGUUCCAAGUCCAGUACCCGCACUACGCCAACCCUCCUACGUUAUUCCUCAUCAUCGAGGGCUUCAUGGAGCGCCUCCGCAAGACCAACGGCAGCCAACCCGCAGAGAGGGAGCAUCUCGGUCCCGCGGCGUCUCUCCAGACUGCUCACCUGGACAACGUCGAGCUUGGCGAGGACUUCCUCCGAAGGCUCUACCCCUUUGUCCGUGCGCAGUACGAUUGGUUCCGCAAAACCCAAAAGGGAGAUCUGAAGACGUACGACCGCGAGGCCUUCUCCAACAAGGAGGGCUACAGAUGGCGCGGUCGCACCGAGACCCACAUCCUCACGAGCGGUCUGGACGACUACCCUCGCCCUCAGCCCCCUCACCCUGGCGAACUCCACGUCGAUCUCAUGUCCUGGGUCGGCCUGAUGACCAAGUCCCUGAUGAACAUUGCGGACGCCCUUGGGAUGAGGGAGGAGGUCGACGAGUUCAAGACGACGCUGAACGCCAUCCGCCGCAACCUCAACGACCUUCAUUGGUCGGAGAAGGAGGGCUGCUAUUGCGACGCCACCAUCGACGCCUACGAAGAGAACACCCUUGUCUGCCACAAGGGCUACAUCUCCCUCUUCCCCUUCUUGGUUGGUCUCCUGGAGGCCGACGACCCCAAGUUGGGCAAGCUUCUCGAUCUGCUCGGCGACGAGGAGCACCUCUUCAGUCCCCAUGGUCUGAGGAGCCUGAGCAAGCAGGACGAGUUCUACGGAACGGCCGAGAACUACUGGCGCAGCCCCGUGUGGAUGCCUAUCAACUACAUGGCCGUCUCUCAGCUGAGAAACAUCGCGUCGCUGGACGGCCCCUACAAGGCCAAGGCGGCGGACCUAUUCACCCGCCUUCGCAAGAACCUUGUCGACACGGUCUACAACAGCUGGGAGGAGACGGGCUUCGCGUGGGAGCAAUACAACCCCGAGACGGGCGAGGGCCAGCGCACGCAGCACUUCACGGGCUGGACGAGCCUGGUCGUCAAGCUCAUGGCCAUGGAGGAGCCUGGCCAGACCAGCAGCGGCCACGUUAGGGACGAGUUGUGA